AGUUUGCAAAAGCCAGAGGUGCAAGAAGCAGCGACUGCAGCAGCGGCGGCAGCAGCAGCAAAAGCGCCAGCAGAAGCAGCACCGGCAGCAACAAAAAAAGCCUCAUCAAAUCCUCACCUAGGCUCUCAGUGUAUCCAGAUCCACAUCUUCACUCAAGCCGGGAGAGGGAAAGAGGAAAAGGGGGGGAGGAAAAAAAAAACCCAACAACUUAGCGGAAACUUCUCAGAGAAUGCUCCAAAACUCAGCAGUGCUUCUGGUGCUGGUGAUCAGUGCUUCUGCAACCCAUGAGGCGGAGCAGAAUGAUUCUGUGAGCCCCAGGAAAUCCCGGGUGGCAGCUCAGAACUCAGCUGAAGUGGUUCGCUGCCUCAACAGCGCUCUGCAGGUUGGCUGUGGAGCUUUUGCAUGCCUGGAAAACUCCACCUGUGACACAGAUGGGAUGUACGACAUCUGUAAAUCCUUCUUGUACAGCGCUGCUAAAUUUGACACUCAGGGAAAAGCAUUUGUCAAAGAGAGCUUGAAGUGCAUUGCCAACGGGGUCACCUCCAAGGUCUUCCUGGCCAUUCGGAGAUGCUCCACUUUCCAGAGGAUGAUUGCCGAGGUGCAGGAGGAGUGCUACAGCAAGCUGAACGUGUGCAGUGUCGCCAAGCGGAACCCCGAAGCCAUCACAGAAGUCGUCCAGCUCCCUAAUCACUUCUCCAACAGAUACUAUAACAGACUUGUCCGAAGCCUACUGGAAUGUGAUGAAGACACAGUGAGCACAAUCAGAGACAGCCUGAUGGAGAAAAUCGGACCCAACAUGGCCAGCCUCUUUCACAUCCUGCAGACAGAUCACUGUGCCCACACACACCAGCGAGCUGACUUCAACAGGAGGCGUGCCAACGAGCCACAGAAGCUGAAAGUCCUCCUCAGGAACCUCCGAGGUGAGGUGGCCUCUCCCUCCCACAUCAAACGCACCUCCCAUGAGAGUGCAUAGCCGGGGAGAGGUAUUCACAACCUCACCAAACUACGAUCAUUUUAAGGGUGUUCACACACCAAUAUUGAGUGUACUGUGCCUGGUUUGAUUUUUUUAAGUAGUUCCUAUUUUCUAUCCCCCUCUUAAAGAAAAAUUGCAUGAAACUAGGCUUCUGUAAUCAAUCUCUCAACAUUCUGCGAUGGCGGCAUUCCCACCAACAGAACAUGUGUGAUCUCUCUGCCCCUCCUCAGGAGAAAGUGGCCUCUUUUAUCACUUUCCCCUACCAGGUCUACUCCCAGCUCCCCUCCAACGACUCUCAAACACAAAACAUUCAUGUAACUCCCCAGACAUUGUAAUUUGAAGAUGUGGAGCCCUUUAGAAUGGUUGUCCCAGUAGAGUUAGCUGAUAAGAAGCAACUUAAUUUAAGUGCAUGUCUUAAACGCUCAUAAAGAUGCUCAGUGGAAUUCGUGUUAUGAAUCUGUGCUGGCCAUGGACGAAUAUGAAUGUCAUAUUUGAAUCCUUGAUCUCUCAUGAGCUAGUGUCUUACGGGCUUGAUCCUCAAUGUCUAAUUUCCUUCCCAACACAUGUACCAAAUUGCUCGAGCCUGGCUCUCCAUCCAGACUUGGAGCCUGCAUCUUCUUGCAUCUAAUGACAAACAAAAAGCUAACAUCUCUAUGUACUGUAACUGCUCAGAGCUUUAAAAGUAUCUUUAACAAUUGUCUUAAAACCAGAGAAUCUUAAGGUCUAACUGUGGAAUAUAAAUAGGUGAAAACUAAUGUACUGUACAUAAAUUCCAGAGGACUCUGCUUAAACAAAGCAGUAUAUAAUAACUUUAUUGCAUAUAGAUUUAGUUUUGUAACUUAGCUUUAUUUUUCUUUUCCUGGGAAUGGAAUAACUAUCUCACUUCCAGAUAUCCACAUAAAUGCUCCUUGUGGCCUUUUUUAUAACUAAGGGGGUAGAAGUAGUUUUACUCAACAUCGAAACUUAAGAUGGGCCUGUAUGAGAUAGGAAAAACCAACAGGUUUAUCUGAAGGACCCCAGGCAAGAUGUUAAUCUCCCAGCCCACCUCAACCCAGAGGCUACUCUUGACUUAGACCUAUCCUGAAAUAGCUCUGUCACAUCCAACUGAGAAUUACAGGAACCAAAAAGAGCAUCCCUUUGGGCUUGGACCACUUAGAGUGUGAUAAGGUCUAGAAUACCUUGGGAAGUGGCAGUUCUUGACUUUCCUGCUUUCAUCAGUGCCUGGCACUCUGGCAGCCUGAUGAUGGGGUAGGAGGCUUUCCAUAGGAAUGAGUCAAUCAGCCUUUGGGUCUUUAGUUUGGGGGACUUGGGGCUGAGGGGGUAUAAAUAACCCUGGGCUGUCCAGCCUUAAUAGACUCCUCUUACAUUUUUGUCCUGUAGCACGCUGCCUGCUAAAGUAGUCCUGGCAGCUGGGCCAGCUCUGUAGGAUUGCAAAAAAGAAAAAGAAAAAAAAAAAACAAAAAAACAAAAAAAAGAGGGAAAAAAGAGCUGGCGGUUUGAUCCUUUCUGCCGUGAUGUUUACAAGAUGGCGACCACCAAAGCCAAAUGAUUAACCUAGCUAUGAACAACAGUAGUUUCUCAGGGUCACUGUCCUUGAACCCAACAGUCCCUUAGGAGCGUCACUGCCCACCAAAGGUCAAUGUCGAGAGAGAGGAAGAGGGAGGAGGGGUAGGACUGUAAGGACCACUCCAAACUCGCUUAGGUAGAAACCAUUGGUGCUUGACUCUCACUAGGAUAAACUCCAGAUUUGACCAAAUCGAGUGAUAGGGAUCCUGGUGGGAGGAGGGAGGGCACAUCUCCAGAAAAA